GUAGAUCUCCGACUUGCAUAUCCAACGGCAAAAUAUAACUUCAAAAGAAAACUACGAAAAUCUCUCAAGUUCCCCUGCCCUCGGAACGUUUUAGAGGCACCUGUAUUCACCGGCGUCAUAAACCCGUGAAAUUCAAUAAUUUUGUCGGAAAAUAGAAUCGUCGCGUCGUCAGGAUUCCCCGUUGGAGACAGGAUUGAGGAUCGAUUUGUCGAAGAGCAGGUUCAGUAAUUCUGAUAGUCUUCUGCCGCUAGCACAACUCAUACUUGUCUCGCUUGAUCUGUAUGUGUGUCGGCUGACAAAGGCUGGGGAUUACCUAUCAGGCUAGGGAUUUACGAUUGAUCAAGUCGUAUAGUACCUGGAUAAUAUGGAUGCAGAUGGCGAUGAAAGGCCGGCGUUAGAGGUCGACGAGGUCGAUGAUGGUCCAGGGAGUGGCGAAGUUGACAGAGAAGAUAGACCUAGCCGGGCUAGUAAUGGGAUCAAAGAUGUGAAUGAUGGGGUCGUUGAUGUGGAUGAGGAGAGUGAUGCCGAUCAGGAAGAGGCGGAGUCCUCUGCACGGUCUAGGGGAUUCAAACAAGUGAUUUCACAUAAACCGUCCAAUGGUCAUAGAAUAGCUCCAGCAGAAGAUGAUGAAAAUGAGGAAGAUAAUGUAUCGACUGAUGAAGUAGAUGGUGAUGCCUCUCCUACUGCUGAUGUUUAUGAGAUUGAUGGUAGUGAUGAGGAAGAGGAUGUGGUAGAAGAUGAUAGCGAUGCGGAUGGGGAGGAACUGGAUAAUGCUGGAGAUCUGAGAAGUACUCGGAGGUUGGUGGAAAUUGAUGCACAUGAGCAGGGGGAAGAUGAUGAUGGUGUCAAUGAUAACGGAGAUUCUGGGGAGGAAGAUCAGGAAGUAGAGGAUGCUGAUCUUGAGGUUGCUGAGGAUGAGGAAAUAGAUAGAGAUGCAGCACACAUGGCAGUUCAACCAACAGAACAUGUGGAGGUUGAUGGCGGCAUGAGUGAUAUGGAGGAGGAGGCAGGAAACAGAGCUGCUGUAGAUCACGAGUUGGAUGAAGGAGGGGGAGGAGUUGAGGAGGAUGAAGAAGAUGAAGACGGUGAAGUGCAAGAGGUGCCACCAUCCCACCCAACAACAGUUCAGAAGAGGGACAGAGAUGAUGAUGAUGACGGUAAUGUGGUUGUUGAAGACAACCACUCUGGUAAGUUAUCAAAUAAGAAGCACCAUCAUUUUUAGUUGGUUAGAACUUAGUAGUUGCUAUUAAACAAACAAAUCAUGGGUGACUAUAGAUUUUUGUUUUGGUUUUUUUUUGCCUGAUCUACCUGUGUUACCUACUCUGGUCAUUUAUGAUGGUAUACUACUCUUACUAUAAAGGAGUUUGUUACUCAAAUGAAUGACAGGUGAUGCUUAGUAUAUAGAGUUACUCCUAUUAGGCCAUGUGCAAUCCUACAUUAUCAAUAAAUUCAAUAUUGUCUCCAUUAAUGUGACAAUAAUGUCAAACCAUUAUUUUUAUGCA